ACCAGGCACCGGGAGCUUCCUUACUCUUUCCGCCUACAUGGUCACCGGAGCUUCUCCACACGAAAGAGCUCAUGCAAACGCUCAGGGCGACCAGAGCAGCGAAUGGUGAAAAGAUUUAAUCUCUACUCUUCUCUGGGCCUCAGGAAUGUGACUUUUACAAACAGCUUUCCCCAAACUCCUUUGCCUUCUGGCUUGCACUUGGAUUCAGCCAAUGGGAGGCACCUGCUGGAAAAAAAAAAACUGGAGACAGAAGGAAAUAGAAGUCAGGGUAUUUAUCUCUGCCGGGCUGUGGCCUGGCAGUGGCUGCGUUCUCGUCUCUGGUCAAGGUUCCUCUCCCAGGGCUACAGCUUUCACCAGGUUCUGGUAAGACCAUUCUCUUUGCCCUUUACAGUAGUUAAUACCUUCUCACUGUUCCUAUACUUGAAUGCUUCACUACCUUUUGUUGCUGCCCUUGACCUUGCCCACAUCUCUGGAAAUAGUUACUUCAUUAAACUCAUUUCGGUUAACCCUUCAAGUGUGCCAUUUGUUUCCAGACUGAUUCGUGAGGCAAGGUGGCAAGGACAUAGUGUUUUGUUUCUUACCUUUAUUUAUGUUGUUCUAUCUACCUAGAAUGUCCUGAACUCCUUUUCUGCCUAAAAAAUUCAUAUUUCUUUUUAAGAGUCAGCUGAAGAAUCGCAUCAUCUGAGAAGCCUUCCCUCCUCCUGACCUCUCUACCUCCACCCCUUGUUUCUACCAUAGGAAGAUUCCUCACUGGAAGAAGAGGCUGCCCCAUUUGGUUAAGAGUCUCUUUCUUAGGCUGGUAUGCAGGAUCACUGUGUGCUCAAGGAAUAUUUUGAAAACAAUUGCUCUGGGUCAGAUGUUGUCCUUGUUUAUAUGUGGGACAGCUAUCACCAGCCAGUAUUUGGCAGAAAAAUACAAAGUGAACACCCCAAUGCUACAGAGCUUUAUCAACUAUUGCUUGCUGUUUCUAACUUAUACGGCGAUAUUGGCAUUUCGAUCAGGCAGUGAUAACCUUUUAUACAUCUUGAAAAGAAAAUGGUGGAAGUAUAUCCUGCUGGGGCUAGCCGAUGUGGAAGCUAAUUACCUGAUAGUCAGAGCUUACCAGUACACGACUCUAACCAGCGUCCAGCUUUUGGAUUGCUUUGGGAUUCCCGUGUUGAUGGCCCUCUCGUGGUUUAUUCUUCAUGCGAGAUACAGAGUGGUCCACUUCGUUGCUGUGGCUGUCUGUCUGCUGGGUGUGGGAACCAUGGUGGGUGCAGACAUAUUAGCAGGGAGGGAAAACAAUUCAGGUAGUGAUGUACUCAUUGGUGACAUCUUAGUUCUUCUUGGGGCUUCCCUCUACGCUGUUUCUAAUGUGUGUGAAGAAUAUAUCGUGAAGAAGCUGAGCAGAGAGGAGUUUUUAGGAAUGGUGGGCUUAUUUGGAACAAUUAUCAGCAGUGUACAAGUAUUGAUUAUAGAAUAUCAGGAUAUCGCCAACAUUCACUGGGACUGGAAAAUUGCCCUGCUCUUUGUGGCCUUUGCCCUCUGUAUGUUUUGCCUGUACAGCUUUAUGCCGUUGGUGAUUAAAGCCACCAGUGCCACCUCUGUCAACCUGGGCAUCCUGACAGCUGACCUCUACAGCCUUUUCUUUGGACUCUUUCUCUUUGGCUAUAAGUUUUCAGGGCUCUACAUCCUGUCCUUCACCGUCAUCAUGGUGGGGUUUAUUCUGUACUGCUCCACCCCAAUGCGCACGGCAGAGCCAGCUGAAAGCAGUGUGCCAUCAGUCACCGUCAUUGGGAUCGACAACUUGGGACUCAAGAUUGAGGAGAACCUCCAGGAAACUCACUCUGAGGACUUGUAGCUGCAGAAGAAAGUACCAGAGGCUUCCUAGGAAACUGGGAACCACCACUGGGGUAAAGCAGAACGUGCUGAUUGCUGAGGGGACACUUGGAUCAUUUUCAGACUUAGAGUAA